AUGAGAUCAAUUUUAUGUUACGGAGAUUCGAAUACAUGGGGAUUCGUACCAGGUUCAUUUGGUAUUCGUGAACGUUAUGAUAGAAAUACACGUUGGACAGGUCGUUUACAACAAUUGCUUGAUCCAGCAUAUUUUCAUGUUAUUGAAGAAGGCCUUAGUUGUCGAACAACGAAUCUAGAUUACGAUGAUAAACCAAAUGGUUUUCGUGGCACUGAAUUUCUUUCAGUCAUUCUUUAUACUCACGCACCACUGGAUUUAGUAAUUAUUAUGCUUGGAUUAAAUGAUUUAAAAAAGCAAUUUAAUAAUCGAACAAGUCAACAAAUUGCUGAAGGCAAUAAAGAACUUAUUGACAUUGUUCGUUCAACGACAUAUGGUCCUAAUAUGCAAGAAUCGCCAGCAAUACUGAUUGUUAGUACACCAAUACCAGUUGAGACAAGUGGCGAGAAUCCAUCAGAUAUGUUUGAAGGUGCAAAAGAACGAAUGCAAGAUUUAGCUGACGAAUUAAAAACUCUCGUUAAUAAAUAUGAUAAAAAUGUUUAUUUUGUUGAUGCAGCACCUUCUGUUCAAAUUAGUCCAGUGGAUGGAAUACAUUUUGAUGCGACAGCUCAUGAACAGUUUGCUUUGCUAAUGAAUAAAACAAUAAGAAAAAUUUUUAAUUUACCUGCUUAG